GGUAAUCAGCCCUGAAUGCAAUUUCCUGUGUGAGAGACGGGAGGCAGAGCUUACAGUCUGGAGAUAGACUGCACAAACUUGUCCAGUUGUAACCUAACACUGCCCUGAAGAAAGAGCUGCAAAGAUAAAGACGUGAAGUGUCCUCUUUAUUUGAAAGUGCAGGACAGUCCUGGCAGGGACAAGGCACCAGGAAGGGCAUUUUUAAGGAAUAUGUAAAGAUAAAGGAAGAAAGAAAGACAAGCUGAAGAAAUCUAGUUGAAGAGGGCUGGAGGAGUGGGGUGUUUGGAGAAGGGAGCAGCUGCAGAGACCUGAAGGAGACCUUCAUAUGGAGAGGACGAUAGGAUGACACUCCACUUGUGGGAGCUCCAUUAAAGUGUAAACAAAAAAAGUCCCAGUCAGAUGUCCCAGCUGAGAAGUGAUCUCUCAAGCCAUUCUGACUCACUCAAUGGAGACCCCGUGCCGGAUCAGACACCCUUCCUGCCCACUAGCACAGAUCAGGAGGAGAUCUCGUGCACUUCCUCCACGCAGAAUCCAGCGGUAGCACCGCCUGCUCUGUGCCACAUCCCAGCCCCUCACCCUCAGGCCCCAGCAACGGAGGAGAAAGAGAAACCGCCAGAUGACGACAAGUCCCUGAACUUCCUGGCAAAUGGAACAGCACCACCCAAAAGUGAGGCCACGUCAGAAUUCAUGGUCACUCCCGAAGCUGUGACACGCCAGCCCCAGGUGCGAACACCCCUGCGGGGUCUCCAGCCAUCCAGCCCCAUGGACUGCACCCCUCUGCUGCAGAACGGCGCCGGGCGUGUCCCGGACCCAGGCGGCACAAACCGAGAGGCCGGGAACGGCGUCCUGGGCUCGCUGCCCAGUUCUCAGAAGCCUCAUCGGAAGCUGCAGUCACACUACUCCAUCAACAGCCAGGGCAGCAAGAAGAGCAAAGGCAGCUCCAAAUCAGCCUCCUCUCAGAUCCCUGUGGAGGCGCAGCAAGAUUGCUGCGUCCACUGCAUCCUCUCCUGCCUCUUCUGCGAGUUCCUGACCCUCUGCAACAUUGUGCUGGACUGCGCCACCUGCGGCUCCUGCAGCUCCGAGGACUCCUGCAUCUGCUGCUGCUGCUGCGGCUCGGGGGAGUGCGCCGACUGCGACCUCCCCUGCGACAUGGACUGCGGCAUCGUGGAUGCCUGCUGCGAGUCCGCGGACUGCCUGGAGAUCUGCAUGGAGUGCUGUGGCCUGUGUUUCUCCUCCUGAAGCGGGGCGGGGGCGAGGAACCCAGAGCCAAAUCCCUCGCCCAGGCAUAAACUCGAGGGGACGGGGGUGGGGCAGGGGUGCCUUGGAUUGGGGAUCCACCCCCACCCCGCCACUCAUUUGGCUCUUAUUUUUCUUGACCUGCCCCGCGUCAUGUGUUCGGAGGAUCCUGCAGGUUUCCUGAGCCUUUGAGAGAGCCACACGGGAGAUGGAAAGGGCAGGAGUCCAGAGACCCCAGCAGAGCCGGUAACCUGAGGCUGGAAAGCACCUGGGGAUGGGAGUCCCCUCCUUAGAGCCAUGGGACAGCGGAAGAUUCGUUGGAUACCUGCAGGAUCCAAACUUUCUUUCUCUACCUCCCCCAGCGCUGUCCGGCUUGGGUAACCCCAAGCGGUUCACGGGGGAAUUGAGACAGCAGCGUGGCUGCUUCCUGCCACCUGAGCCGAGAGCAGGAGAGCAAGUCCUACGCAGAGACCCUGAGCUGCCUUGCUGGGCCAAAGAUCAGACAUGCACCGAGCCACCGGCUGUCUGAGGAAUCAGCGAAUGGUGCCACCCCACUGGCUGGCUGCUCCAGUGCCCUGCUGGCUGAUAGCUGGCAUGUUGUAGCAGCACGAGUGGCCCUUGGCUGGCAAAGAAAAGUGUACCAGGUGCACUGGUGCCAGCUGAUUGGCAGCUAUUGCAGGAGCAUCCAUGCUGCUAGUUCAAACUACGGCAAGGGCGUGGUGCCUGCUCGCUGGUAUUUUAGGCACAGGAGUGCCCGCUAGUUUGCAACUUGAAGGAAUAGGCUGAUGUCCCCUGGUCAGCAGUUAGAUAUCGUGAGCCCGCAGGGGGAUUGCAGCUGGCCUGCCAGCACCCAGAGUACAAAGACAGGACUUUUUCACAGAGGUCCCACAGGCCCGUCUAACCUCCCGCCCUGUGGACUCGGACGAUGGGGCCCAAGACGUGGCACAAAACGCAUGCACCGGCCUCAUCUCCCACCCCAGGCGGGAAGCGGUGGCUAUGGGCAGCAGGGUGUUGUGAGCUUCAGGGGGCUGGCCGGGGUGGGAGGUUGGAGAUCGAACGCCUUGGCCUCCCUUUGCCGUUGGAAGUGGCUUCCCCGCCCCCUUCUCGGUGCUGAGGAAGACAGGCAAGUGCAAUAAACCCAGCCGGCUGCUCCCUUGUGACCCCAGCACUUGGGCUAUCGCAUGCGAGUGUGCGUGCGCGCGCACGCAUGCUCACACACACACUUGCAUGGAGCCUUUUCCUUAACUGCCCCUGUGAUGGCUGACAAAGGAUGCCCAGAAAAGCCUUCCCCGCAGAGAAGCUGCGUGUCCAUGCACAAAUUGGUGGAGAGAGGAGAUUCCAGACUCUCCUUGUUGUGAAACGCCUUCUUUCCUGGCCUUCUUGUUACAGGGGAAGGACAGAGCUCUCCAGGCCUGACUUGAAGGUGCAAGCCACGCAGCAGUUGGACACUGCGCCUGCUCGGAAGGCCUCCGGAGGGCCAGUGGCUCCAGCUCUCUCUCCCCCGACCUAUACCGGCCUACCCUGCUUGGGCCUUCAACUGCAGGGCAGGGAGGAAAUGCGCCCUGCAAAGGCUGGGUGGGGGGUUGUGAGGUUUUGUCUGUUUGAUUUGUUACUGUAAAUAAAGAUCUUCCUGCAUUUCUGA